CUCCAGACGCGCAGUUUAAGCGCUGUAUUGGUUGCGUGGAGCUCCCGGUGCCGCUAUGUGAGAGCAUUAUCCCGCACAAAUAGGCAAGAAACUAGUUUUUCAUACAGAGCGCUGUACACAUAACACAUAUCUUCGUCGGACAUAGCUAUAAUAUUAUAGAAACAGACAGGAGCAGAGAAAGGGGAUGCCGUAGGCCCUGAGGCGGGACGGCACAGCGGAGCAGAGAUGAGCCUGACGUCCUGGUUCCUGGUGAGCAGCGGGGGCACCCGGCACCGCCUGCCCCGGGAGAUGAUCUUCGUGGGGAGAGACGACUGCGAGCUCAUGCUGCAGUCCAGGAGUGUGGAUAAGCAGCAUGCCGUCAUCAACUAUGAGGCAGCCAGCGACCAGCACAAAGUGAAGGACUUGGGGAGCCUUAAUGGGACGUUUGUGAACGACGUCAGAAUCCAGGAGCAGAUGUACUUCACUCUGAAGAUGGACGAUAAGCUGAGGUUUGGAUAUGAUACCAACCUGUUCACCGUGGUGCGGGGAGAGCUGCAGGUCCCAGAGGAGGCGCUGAAGCACGAGAAAUUCACCAGCCAGCUCCAGCUGAGCAAGAAGCAGUCCAAAGUGGACUCACCUAAACCAGCCAAGCCACCUGUGGCCACGCCCCCUGAGAGCAAGGCUGUGGAGGGGGCCAGCGAGGGGCCGUCUAAACCUGCAGACACCCACAAGGGGGAGGACAAGAUGGCAGGGGACUUAUCAACGGUGCAUCGGGGGACGCCUCUGUACGGGCAGCCAUCUUGGUGGGGGGAUGAAGACGCUGACGAUGAGAAUUCCUUCAAACAGGAAACAAAAUCAUCCAGCAAGAAGCAAGAGAAUAGUGGAGCAGGCAGCACGGAGGCCCAGCGAUGUGAGAACUCCAAGGAUGACGGGCUCUACAGUCUGGGCUCUGAGCCCAGCUACUUUGAAAUCCCCGCCAAAGAGGCGCAGAAGGCAGAGAGCAGCAUCCACGAGGUCCCCACCAAGGACACCGAGGGCGUGGCCGUCGCCCCGGCAACUGCCGUAGCGCUGGCCGCCAGCGCUCCCGGCCACGCCUCUUUCACCAUCGAGUUUGACAACACCUCCCCCGGGAAGGUCACCAUAAAGGACCACGUGGCCAAGUUCACCCCCGACCCCCGACCCCGCCCCAGGAAGUCGUCCCUGCAGGGCGGGGCGGGGCUGAGCACGCUGCAGGCCGCCAUCAUGGCCUCGGAGAGCAAGGUAGCCGACUGGCUGGCCCAGAACGAGCCGCCGCUGGCCCGCCGGGAUGCCGCCAAGCAGGGCGGCGAGAGCGUCCAGAGUGACGUGGGGGUGCAGCUGAGGCGGCUCAAAGGCAGUAAGCAUGUGGACGGGACGCAGAGCGACUCAGAGAACGGGGCGGGGCUCCGCUUGGGCAGGAAGCCAGCGCUGGAGGAGCGGCUGCAGGCGGGCCCAGGUCGGGCGGGGCAGGGCGUGGCCAGGGCCGGAGGCGGGCCUCGCGGAGGCCCUUCUGAUCGGUUUGAUGAGGCAAUCCCGCGACGAGGAGUCGUACUCCUCUCUCAGACGGCGCCCUGUGGGCGGGGCCGGCCCGGCCCCCGCGCGCCCGGCGACUGCGCCAUGGGCGGGGUCUCCGCAGAUGUGGCCUCCGCCCUGGCCGCCGUCGCCCCCACCGCCUCCCGCCUGCUCCUCAAGCAGAGGUCCGAAGACCCCUCCGGGUCAGGACGGGCCCCCACCAGCGUGGGGCAGCAGGCGGCCCCCGCCGACCUGCCCAAAUCUGCCCCCGCCCCCGGAGAGACCACGGAUGACCACAUGACAGGGCACCUCACCACGAGUGGGCCCGCCCUGGAGGCGGCUCGCCGCAUAUCGAAUCUGACCCCCAAACCCCUCCGUUACGUGGCCAGCGCCCCCGCUCAGCUGACCCCAAACCCCGAUGCGCCCCCCAAAACCCGCGGUACUCACCAGUGUACAGUCUACCCUGUGUUUGGGGUGGAGGGGAACCGGGACUCUGCCAGAACGGGACGUCCUGAACACCUGCAGGAAGGAGCAGAGGCUAAACCGCCUGGCUGUAGUGCAACAGAGAUUCUUCCGGAAGACUUGGUUGCCCUGGGCAGCUCUUCCUGGGUCUCCCAGUGGGCCAGUUUAGCUGCCAAUCACACAAGGACCGACCCUGAAGGUUCAGGGGGGGAGGCCACGGCCUUGGUCCUAGAGAAAGACGCUGAUGUCAGCGGGUCAGGCCAGUCUGCUGUGUGCUCCAGCGGGCAUACGGAGCGCAGGAGGAGGGCCCUGCCGCAGCUGCCCGGCGAGGAGAGGCCCCAGCUGGGCCGGGGCCCCUGCAGCAUCGGGGAGAAGCAGGACACCGAGCCCCAGGAGAAGGACCGGCCUCCCCGGCCCGGGCACAGGGGGGGCGCCGGCGCCAUGGCGACCGCGGGGACGCAGGCGAAGCAGACCCCCGCGCUGCCGUCCAGGCCCCCCGCCUGGGAGAAGCGGGGGGAGGAGGAGGAGAAGAAGCCCCUGGUUCGGCAGGGCAGCUUCACGGUGGAGAAGCCCAGCGCCCACGUGCCCCAGGAGCUGAUCCCGCGCAUCGCCCAGGGCCCCGCCCCCCCGGCCCGCCAGCGCAGCGACUCUGGGGGCAGCCUGGACACCGUGGCCCUGCUCCGGGACACCGAGGCCGUCAUGGCCUUCCUGGAGGCCCGGCUGCGGGACGAGGGCGAGCCGACCCCCCCAGGGCCCGCGGACCGCCCCCCUCCCGCCGCGGACUCCGCGUCGAGCCAGGCGGCGCGGGACGCCGAGCGCAAGAGCGCCCCCAAGAGGCGCACGCUCAGCAGCCUGCACAAGGAGAAGAGCGCCGCCACGCCCAGCUCCACCGCCCGCGAGCACCUGGAGAGGAGGGCCAGGCCCCGCCCCUCCGAGAGCCGGGAGCCCCGUAACCCCGCCCACCCCGGCCCCCGCUCCCGCCGGCCCUCGCUGGACCUGACGGACGACGACCCGGCCUCGUCCCUCCCCCACUCCGCCUUCUCCUCCGACCAGGAGACGGGCUCCGCCCGCUCGCACGGGCGCGGCCAGCUCACUUCCUCCUCCGCCCGCGUCCCGCUCUCCAAACCGGAGUCGGGCUCCGCCCUGCGGCCCCGCCCCACCCGCACCUCCCUCCUGCGGCGGGCGCGGCUGGGCGAGGCCUCAGACACGGACCUGGCGGACGCCGACCGGGCGUCGGUGGCCUCGGAGGUGUCCACCACCAGCUCCACGUCCCGGCAGCCGGCCGGCCGCAAGGCGCCGUCGCGCAUCGACCUGCUGGCGCAGCCGCGCCGGACCCGGCCGGGCUCGCUGUCGGCCCGCAGCGACUCGGAGGCCACGCUCGCCCGGGGCUCCGCCUCCACCCGCCUCUCCGCCGAGACCGCCCUGCGCCUGGGGCUCCGCUCCGGCUCCGCCGCCGACGCCAAGCCGCCGGCCCGCCUGCGGGCCAACAGCGUCACCAAGCUGCCCGACGCCAAGGCCAAGCCCGCGUCCUCUGCGCACAGCGCCUCCGCAGCCCCUGGCCGAUGGCGGCGCCUGCCCCCAGAGUACGCCUCCACGUCCGAGGACGAGUUUGGCUCCAAUCGCAAUGCCCCAAAACCGGGCCGUCUGCGCCCCGGAAGCGCCCUGCGGGGGGCCCGUCUGGGAGGCUCCACCCCUGCCCUGCCCGGCAGCUCUGGGGGCGUGGCACUCCGACACCAUCGCAUGAGGGACCAGGAGGAGUACAUCCGGGAUUGGACCUCCCACAGUGAGGAGAUCGCCAGGUUAUUUCCCUGUGUGCGCAGGAUCAGUCAGGACCUGGCGAAGGAUCUGGCGAUUUUGGCACGCGAGAUCCACGACGUGGCGGGCGAGAUCGACUCGGUCGGCUCCUCCGGCACCGCGCCCAGCACCACAGUAAGCACCGCUGCGACCACACCUGGAUCCGCCAUCGACACCCGCGAAGAGCUGGUGGACCGCGUGUUUGACGAAAGCCUGAACUUCAGGAAGAUCCCGCCCAUCGUGCUGACCAAAGCCCCCGAGAUCAACGGCCGGCCGGCUGAGCUCCGCCUCCGGCCCCCCGACGCCCGCGAAGCCCAGACCGCCUUGCGCCGCCGAACCUGGAACCGGGAGGAGGCUGUGUUGGACAGUUUGCUGCUGACGUCAGUUUCCCAACUCUCUGUAAAAAUCCGCCAAUCUAUGGACAAAACAGCGGGCAAAAUAAGGAUAUUGUUUAAGGACAAAGACCGGAACUGGGAUGAAAUCGAAAGCAAGCUCCAGUCCGAGAGUGACAUGCCUCUUCUCAAAACAUCCAACAAGGAGAUCUCCUCCAUUCUGCUGGAGCUGAAGAGGGUGGAGAAGCAGCUUCAGGUAAUCAACGUCAUGGUGGAUCCGGACGGCACUCUGGAGGCCCUGACGAGCCCCACCCUGCCCAAACACAGCACCAGCACCGGCCCCCAGGGGCCCCUCUCGAGGAAUGGCACGGCACAGGCCCCCCUGACCUCCACCCCCGCCGGGGAGACGGAACGGGACCCCUGUCUCAGGCUGGGCCGUCUUCACCCGAGCGGAGAGGAGAGCUCUGCCUCUUGCAAGUGAGAGUCAAGCCACCUCGCAACGUCUGGAAACCCUGAAAAUCAACAUAUCUGGCAACCUUGAAACUCAGGCCUGGUUACCCUGAAAAGUAUCAUGUCCGGCAACCCUGAAGCAACCUUUUAACUAGCAUUAGCAACCCUGAAACCUCUGAGAAUAUACAUGUACAGCACAGGUAUAUGCUUGUAUUCUUAUCUUCCCCCUAUGAUGUAGCCCCCUGAGACACAUAGCUCCACCUCCAUCCUAGCCCCAGCCUAUCAUCCCUACCAAGCCAGGGUUGCCAUGUUCAGCUGAUUGGCAUUUUCCAGCUGAGUGUAGGUUCCCCAUUUCCCUCCAGGGUAACAGACAGAGCUGUUCAGCUCAGCAGCAUAUCUAUGGGCAGGUUCUUGUGAGGGGGCGGAGGUCUGCUCUGACACCCUGCGCUGUCAGGGACUCUCUCACUGCGGACCGUCUGUGUGGGGCUCUUCAGACAGACCACCAGGUGGCGCUUCUGUAAAAGGCUGACGUCAGUACCUCCGGAUCGGUUCUGCUCUUUUUUUCGGGUGCAGGCUGGUAUGCGCGGGUUUGUUUUAUGGAUUCCGAGUGACAGCACAUCCUGUCUCCUUUGGACGUAGCUCACCACUCCUCGUGAAUGCCAAAUAUUUUGCGAAGACUUGUUCAGUCCAGGGACAUUCGCCACUGCUCAUCUGCACGCCAGCCUCGACUCCAAGGGGACGCUGUGGAUAUGCUUCUGUUUUCUGUGGAGGAAGACUCCACCUUUCAGACAACAGGGAUCCGAAACACUCACUCAGAAAGGAUUUGCAGGGCUCUUUUCUUUUGAGCACUGUCUUCAGCGCUAACUGUUCAUUACUCUUUAGUUGCCAACCAUGUUACAGCCUGUGGAUUUUCCCUGUGUAAUAUAUAUAUUUUUUUGUUGUCCCCCCCCUUUUUCCCCACUUUGGAAUGCCCUGUGCAAACCAGCUUGUGCUCUCCUCAGAAGCGUGAGGUCACGCCACCACUUCCUAUCACAACGCAGUUUGCAGGUUGCGCUCACGGACGUGAGUGUGAGGAAGACGCUUCACGUGCGGCUUAACAGGCGGAUUUGCAGGUGCAUUACUGACCAGCAGGGGUCGCUGCUUCACAACGAAAUGCUGUCAUCCCAGCUGACCUAAACCCUCUCAUCCCCGGGUGUGCUUGAGCCAAUAAUAUCCAAUAAUGCAACAAUGCAUUUCCCUGCAGGGCUGUCACCCAGUCAACACUGGCACCGUCCAUGUUCUAUACCACACCAUGGGGCCCGUCCAUGCACUAGAACAGUGCCUUAUCAGGAUGAGCCACCCAUCCGCCCAGGUCCUAUGUGUUUCAAAAAACACAGAUACUGUUGUUUUUCUGCUAGUCAAGCGCACAUUCUGUUUUCAAUAACAAGUGCAUUAUGCUGUUGUGACAUUGACAACAUUUAGCCUGUUCAUGAUCCAUCUUUCUGGACUGAUACUAAAGCAACAAAAAAGUCUUAAAAAAAAUGAAUUCCUUGACUUGUAAUGUGAACUGAUGAGUUUGUUAACCACUUUCGGGUAUGCAUUACCAAAAAGAAGGGCCUACCUGUUUAAAGAAAUAUGGCAUACUAUAAGUAUGAAAUAACUUUUUCAGCAGUUUAUUUUUAACCUGGUUUGUUCAGGUAAUUUCCUUUUCUGUCAUAAUAAUGGAUAUUUUUAUGAGUAUAAAAACAGUUUUUCAGUCCAAAAUCAGGAGACAUACAUAUAUGUGUUUGUGUGUACAUGUGUUUAUACACAUUUAUAUACGUUGCACUUGUACCAGUGUGAAUUUCAGUGAUAUCAUGUGCAGUAUGCAGGGUGGCCAUUUCCUGGUUAAAUGUACCAGACCUAGGCUCAGCUUGCUCUAUAGUACCUGGGCUAGAAACCUUUUACAAAAAGACUGAGAAACUCAUUCAGUGUACAGCAUACUUAACAUUUCAACACUUAGUAACUGACUGGACCCAUUCUAUGGAAUAUGCUACCUGUGCCCAAAUACAUGUGUAGGAAGUAUGUGUUGAGCUGUAGGAAGUGUUUUAUCUUCUUUUGUUGUUAAUGCUCUUAAAAUUUCACAGAGUAGUGGCUCUGCGUGUUUCAAGAGCGGCUCUCAGGUCUGUAGGUAUGUUUCUAGAGCGGCUCUCAGGUCUGUAGGCGUGUUCCUAGAGCAACUCUCAGGUCUGUAGGCCUGUUUCUAGAGCGGCUCUCAGGUCUGUAGGCAUGUUUCUAGGGCGGCUCUCAGGUCUGUAGGCAUGUUUCUAGAGCGGCUCUCAGGUCUGUAGGUAUGUUUCUAGAGCGGCUCUCAGGUCUGUAGGUAUGUUUCUAGAGCAGCUCUCAGGUCUGUAGGCCUGUUCCUAGAGCAGCUCUCAGGUCUGUAGGCCUGUUUCUAGAGCAGCUCUCAGGUCUGUAGGCCUGUUUCUAGAGCAGCUCUCAGGUCUGUAGGUAUGUUUCUAGAGCAGCUCUCAGGUCUGUAGGUAUCUUCCUAUGUCUUCCUCAUAUCUGUAGAUGUGUUUCUUUCCUGCUUUUCUGUACUGCGUUUACCUUUAACUCUUCACACAACAUGUCCCCUGCCUUUUCAUCUAACAGUCUGUACCAUAGAAAGAAAGAUGCAUUAAUGGUAGUCUUAUGGUUUCCCUUGACUUAAGCAAUACUGAAAUUUGGUACCAGGAAAUAUGCUCCUUUGUCUGUUAUGUUCGGUAUACAAGUGUGUGACAUCACUAAGUGCCCAGUAUUAAAACGGAAAAGGAAACAAAUCAUAGGGUGAAUAAAUGCUUGAUUAGAACAUGAUUUUAUUUUGCACAUUUGAAGCUGCUGAUUUGCAGUCUGCCUUCUCAUUCCUGGGGAAACGUUCACACGUCAGACUGAACAGCUAAACCCAGGCUGUCGCACCUCCUUCUGCGGUUGUGGCUCCUUGUACCGUUUCACAAUUAAGAAUGCAACUUAAUUGGGAAUUUUCAGACUUCUGUACAAUCUGCAUUAAAGUACAUUUUUUAGAAAUGGAACAAGUGAUCGGUACACUUUUGUUUGCUUGUCUCUGAAAGUGUUUACAAAUUUAUCAGUGUUUUUGACUUUUGUUUUAUUUUUUUUAUGAAGUUUAUUUAUUUUUCCCAUGUUUUAAUGUUAUUUUGUUUUUUUAUGUAUUUGCAUUUUGUUAAUUGCAUCUUCUACUUUCAAUAAAACAGAACAUGGAUUCUGGA